AUGGAGGACGUGGACGUCUUUGCGGCCAUGGGCAUUUCAGGUUUUGGGAAGACCGCCACAAAGAAGACGCUGGACCCCAAGCGUUUCGACAAAAUGAAGCGAGAGGAGGUAUGGUCGUCUGCUAUUUGGGCGAGCAACGAGCCUUCGAUCACGUCUGGGCCUUCACAAAGUACGAAUGAACUAGAGGAGGAGCCAGAGUUUGAUCCCGAUGAAAUGGGUCCUCCUCCUCCGCCACGGUCUAGUUUCACGCACGGGGAGGAGCUCGAGUUUGACUCAGGCGGGCUGGAAUAUGAGAGCGCAGACGCACCCCAGUUUCCCACUACCCACGAGCUUGUUCUGAAAGACCAUACCAAGGUCAUCUCCGCCCUUACCCUCGAUCCAUCUGGUGCAAGGAUAUUAUCCGGUUCGCACGAUUACGACUGUAAGCUGUGGGACUUCGGAGGAAUGGACACGCGCUGUAAGCCUUUCAAGACUUGGGAACCUGCUGGCACUUACUACGUACACGACGUGAAAUACUCUCAUGAUGGGCAAUGGUUUCUGGUCAUCUCUGGCACGCUACAGCCCAAGUUGUAUGAUCGUGAUGGAGAGGAGCAUGCUACAUAUAUAAAGGGUGAUCCCUACAUACGCGAUAUGAAGCAUACAGCCGGUCAUGUCGGCGAGGUACUCUCCUGCGCAUGGCAUCCGAAGGACACGCAAUAUUUCAUCACCAGCUCUGCCGACUCUACGAUACGGAUAUGGGAUGCCGAAAACAAGCGCAAGCACAAGUCGAUUAUUGUAGUCAAGUCAAAAGAGAGGGGUGCCCGUACCAAAGUCAAUGCUUGUGCGUACUCUCCGGACGGCAAUCUGAUCAGCGGAGUUUGUCUCGAUGGGGCCCUCCACAUCUGGAAAACGAACUCAAAUUUUGUCCGACCGGACAUGAGUAUAGAAGGAGCGCACGGUAAAUCAACCGAGACCGGGUCGCUCAUAUUCUCGGUUGACGGGCGUACAAUCCUUACUCGAGGUGGUGAUGACACUGUGAAAUUGUGGGACCUCAGGUCCUUCAAGAAGCCAGUAUCAAGCCGCUCAGGUCUGACAACGUUGUACCCCACCACCAACGCAGUCUUCAGUCCAGACGAGAAAUAUAUUGUGACAGGCGCGGGCGCGACACAGAAAGGCGGACCAGGCAGACUGCUGUUCCUGAACAGAGAGAGCUUGGACACUGCUCGUGAGAUAGAAAUGGAGACGACCCCAGUGAAAGUAACGUGGCAUACAAAAAUCAAUCAGAUCGUAACAGGUCUCUCGAAUGGAUCUAUCCAUGUGCUUUACUCUCCUGUCACGUCUAUCAAUGGAGCCAAACUCUUGCUCAAUAAGGGCCCGCCGAAGAAACCUACCAUCGAGGAUAUGUCGGACGCCCUUGCAGCGCCGACUAUCAUUACCCCUCAUGCGUUGCCGAUGUAUCGCGAGGGCGACGAUGGGCGAGGCAGCAAGCGGAAGAGGGAGAAGGAGAGGAUGGAUCCAAGGAAGAGCAAGAGGCCGGAACUGCCGGUGACCGGACCAGGGAAGGGUGGACGGGUUGGUGCGAGUGCAACGCAGCACGUCGUCCAGAAUUUGGUACGGAACAAUACCAGGGACGAGGAUCCCCGCGAGGCGUUACUCAAGUACGCUCAGCUUGCAGACGAGGACCCGCAAUGGACGGCAGGUAAGCGGCUAGCGUAUCUCGAGUGCGAUAAACCGCAGAGCAAGGGAGGAAAAAGGCCAGAAAACGCGCUCUCGGACAACACGAACAACCAGACGCUCUCUUUCACCAAUGACUCUGUCGACGUCGUCGUGCCUAGCCCCGAGUCACCCAACACGCCUGUCUCGCACGUAAAUGGAGUUUCGUCCAAGAUUGACAUCGAUGGGGCCGCUGUUGAGAGUGACGCGCGACACGAACCCGCGCCGACCAAAGUUGAAAUGGUCGACGACGCGUCGACGCGUCCUUUGAAUGGCUCGCCGCAAGCUCCAGGUACGUAUUGUGAAUCUAUCCCAAUAAAUCCUCCUAAAGGAACUCCGCCACCGCCUACCGGUGAGCUUUUGGAUGACGUGAGAAUGGCGGAGGAGUCAAGCUCGAAUGGUACUUUGAAGGAGCACAAGGAGGAGGAAAAGGUGGACGUCGAGAUGGAGGGGGAGACGCCGACACCCGCACCGAACGGUGAUAUUGCCAAUUCCCCUACCUCGAUUCCCACUGGGUCGUCGACGACGGCCGUCGAAUCCCAUUCACAUCGCACUCCAGACGACCGGGAGGAAGGGGGUGAACGGCCUGCGAAGCGAGCUCGCAAGUUCUCUGACGCGGAUCAGGCCUCAAUGGCCCACUCUGCCACACCACCGCCCGUCUCCACCAACUCCUCUGUCGCCAACGGCACUGCCUCCUCUCGGCCGCAGGGCCCUUCUACGUUCAGCGCACAACAAUAUCGGUUCUGCGUCUCCACUAUCCGCACGCUCAAAAAGCUUAAGGACGCUGCCCCCUUCCUCAAGCCUGUUGAUAUUGUCGCUCUUAAUAUACCUCAUUAUCCCUCUAUAAUCAAGCAUCCCAUGGACUUCGAGACCAUCAGUAACAAGCUUGCAGCCUCUAAUCCUGCGAAACCCGACCUCAAUUCUACCAGUCCUCACUAUCACCACGCGGAUGAAUUCAUCCACGACGUGCGGUUGAUAUUCAAGAACUGCGAAACGUUCAAUGGCCCAGACCACGUCAUUUCGGUUAUGGGUAAGAGGGUGGAGGCGGUCUUUGACAAACAGAUCAAACAGAUGCCACCGCCCGACGAGCCGAAGCCGACGAUAGUGAAGAAGCCGUCGCCGAUUCCUCCCCCAGCUCCUGCUGCGUCCAAGAAAAAGUCCGCUGUUCGUCGACCCUCCACGUCGGUUCCUGCUAUCCGGCGUUCGGAAGAAAGUAUCAGUAGUCGACCUAAACGAGAGAUUCACCCCCCUCCUCCUCGCGACUUGCCCUAUGCUGAUGGUCCGAAGCGACCUCGCAAGUCCAGGGUACCUCGAGACGACAGGACGGCAGAGCAGCUGAAAUACUGCAGCAAGAUCCUGACCGAACUGCACCGAAAGCAGUAUUAUGACAUCGCCAAUCAUUUCUACGAGCCCGUCGAUUGGGAGAAGCUUGACAUCCCAACCUAUCCUAAGAUAAUCAAGGUUCCCAUGGAUAUGUCGACCAUGCGUAAGAAGUUUGAAGCCCAUGAAUACAAAACAGCUCGACAAUUCUACGAGGAUUUCAAGCUCAUGAUUCGCAACUGUUACACCUUCAACCCCGUGGGGACUCUCGUCAAUCAGGCGGGCGUAGAGCUGGACAAGCUCUUCGAUGAGAAAUGGAAGGGUCUGCCACCAUUGCAUGAAGGGAGUGACCUGGAAGACGAAGAGGAAGACGACACCGACGACGAGCGUGCCCGCGCCAUCGCAGAGAUGGAGAACCAGAUCGAGACAAUGAAAGCCAAUCUUGCAGGACUCAAGGCUAAACCGCCUAAAGAGAAGAAAAAGAAGGAGAAGAAAGAGAAACCUGCUCCUGUCGCCUCUUCGUCGAAGGCUGCCGGCAGGGUCUCCAAGCAGUUGUCUUCGAGCAAGAAGAAGAGCAAGAAGGCAGCUAUCCCUGAAGACGAUGUCCUCUCCUUCGAGCAGAAGAAAGACCUCAGCGAGACUAUCCAGAAACUUGAUGGGGCGAAACUUGAGAAGGUCAUUCAAAUAAUCCAUGAGGGCGUUCCUGAGAUUCGUGACAGCACGGAGGAAAUCGAGCUGGAGAUUGAUCUAUUACCAGCUGCGGUCCUUACGAAGCUCUACAAUUUUGUUCUGCGUCCUCUCCAACGCAAUGCCGCGCCCAAGCGAAGUCGAACCGGGAAGGGGACUGGUACUGGCGGGCUGAAGCGGAAGAGUAUGGAUGAGGACGUGGAGACGGAGAAGAUUCGUCAGCUUGAAGAGCGUAUGCGGCUUUUUGAGCAGGGCGGAGCCGCUAAUCUCGGUGGCUCUGGGACCAGGGCGGACAUGAGCGACCAUUCCUCCGACUCCAGCGAUGGUUCCGACAGUUCUGGGAGCGAUUCGGAGUAA